AUGGAGGAAGCUGUCAGGGGCAUGGAGGAGGCGGACCCCGGCAGCAGCGACGCAGCAUCAGCAACCCAUGAGUUCAACAGGCAGCUUGCCUGUGUCAGGUGGCUCAAGGACUGCAUGCUGCACCCCUCCCUGGAGGCGGGCCUGUCUGGUGCCCUGCACGCAGAAUCCAGCGGGCACCUGGUGGAGCCAGCAGUGCGCCUGGCUGCGGCGCUGCCGCUGCGUGCGUCCCAUGGCAUCAUGGGCGAUGCGCUGGUGUAUGGCCACGUGGCAGCUGGACAAGUGCUUUGGAAGCUGGUGCUUGCCAUGCGCCUGACGCUGGCAGAGAUGCGUGCCGCAGAGCAGCUCAGGUCAGACGCUCGUGCUGCACAGAAGGAUGGCGGCCGCAGCCAGGGUGUCAGCGGUGGGGAGCAGAGCCCAGCGGACAUCGACGACGGCGUGCAGGGUGGCUCAGGGUGCAGCGAUGAGGGCGGCAGCGGCGCUGCAAGCAGCACUAGCCGCAAGCGGAGCAGCCAGCAUUUCGAGGAGCGCAGGGCGGCAGCAUGGCAGGUUGUGCAGCUGUUGUUGCCGCGCAUGGAGGCUGUGCUGUGCCUGGCUCAGGCCCAAGCAGAGCCGCGCUGCAGCUUAGACGUGGCGUGCAUUUGCCAGAACUUCGCAGUCGCCCUCAGCUUGUUCGUCAGGGAUGGCAACACUUUUGAUCUGGGCCCCAUUACCAGCGAGGAGCAAGUGUCAGCCCUGGCUGAAGCAGCCUGUGCCGCCCUGCGGCUGCUGCCGAGGCUGGCCCAGAUCCACGACAGCUGGCAGCAGCAGACCCCAGCGGCCGCCUCCUGGAUUGCUGAUCAGCAAGGCGCUCCCGCCCUGCUGGCCUUUUUGCUAUUCAAUAACAUGUUUUGCAUGGCAUCGGUCCGUUCAGCCGCCGUCGCCAAGCAGAUCUGCGGCACAGGGCUCUCUGCAGCUGCGGCGGCCAGCCUGGCAGGCGGCCUGCUCCGCCUGCACAACCUCAGCUGCUGCAUGGUCCACUGGUUGGCAACCGCGGGCAGGCGCUCCACGCUGCUCCCAGAGAUGUUUGGCGAGAAGGAGGAGGCCCCUAUUGACUGGCACCGUGUGAUUGCGGUGGUCGGCAGCCUGCGAUCUGUCAUCUGCUUGUUACUGAAGGCGGCAGGCAUGGGGGGCACCUCGGCAUCUCCCUCAUCCAGCUGGCGGCACAUGGAGGUGCUGCACCAGGCGCAUCAGGAGGCGGUGCAAGUGGCGAUUGCGGCUGAGAUCAGCCUGCAGCCCAGCAGUGCGGAUGCAACCAGCCUGCUGACUCGGUGCUCAGCCAUCGCCCUGUUCAGCACAGCCAAAUACUGUCCGCAGCUGUUGGCUGUGGACUCUGGCUUCGCGAGCCUCCUGGUGCAGUCAAUACUUGCACAGGCCGGCAGCUCGUCUGCACCACUUCUGGAGGCAGCAUACGAGGCCCGUGACUCGGCCCAGCUAGCGGCGUUGCUGGCCGCGACCGGUCUGCUUGGCGGCCUACUGGAGGAAACCAGGGCGCUGGGUGGAGAUGGAGGUUCCACAGUUGAGAAAAAGGGGAUGGAUCGUCUGCUGCUGUUUGCGGGAGUGAUGUUGCAGCUGGAGCAGGCCGGCCUGGAUGUUGCGGCUGCGCUCGACGGCAGCCCUGCAGGCGGCAGGUCAGAUGCAGAUCAGCAGCAGCAGCAGCAGCAGCAGCGUGACGCCUUGCAGAAGGAACUGCAGGCGGCGUUGACCAGGAUGCAAGCGGCGUGGGCCGAGGCGCAGCGCGGUGGCCAGCCGUUGCCGCUUGCUGGCAGGGCGGAGCUGUACCAGCGGGAGGCCAUGCCAGCAGCCAUUGAGCUGGGCGCCCUGCUGCAGCAGUACUGGUCGCUGCCCGAGCAGGUGGCGGCAGCUGAGCUAAAGCUGGCAGAGAUUGCUGCCUGCCGCCCCUGCGCCCAUCUGCGCUGUCCCAGGCUGGAUACGACCUCGGGGGACAGCAGGAACAAGCUGUGCGCCGGGUGUCGGGCGGUGCGAUUCUGCAGUCCGGCAUGCAGCAAGGCGGCGUGGAAGGCGGGGCACAAGCGCGUGUGCGGGGCACUGGCAGCCAAGCAGCAGCUGCGCUGA